UCUGCAACGUACUCUUUUUGCCUCUGAAACUUGUUUUCGGCUUUGGCCUUUGGCUCAACCUUUUUUCCCUUUUGCCAUAGCGAAAGUAUACGGAGCACAUGCUUUGACCAGUCCAUCGACAGAAAUAUCCCAUCCUAUCAUUCACACCCCCUGUCUCUGCGCGCCGCCCACCUGCGCUCUUCUUACUCUCCGGACCCUCUGCACAAAAGUGAACAUCCCUCCUCCGAACCUCUGGGGUCGAUCCAACCUCAUCCUGUCCUGAUCCGUUCUUCUCCUGGCGCCACCACUGGCCUGCCCCUCAAGGUCGCUAUCUCAGACACAUUUCACCGAAUCAAUCUACCAUCUUCGACCUUCUCUGCAAUCGACCGCAACCAGAUCAAAUCCCUCCUCUGCCAUCUUCCGCCGACCGCUCCUCUGUGCGACACCCGAUCCCGUGAACUCGCCAGACUGAACAUCGUCCUCUCCCUGCCCUUCCUCUGGCAAGCUGCAUGCCCUCGAUCUGGCUCCACAGCAUCUCCCGGUCCACGUUUUCUGAAUAAGAUCUUGAGCCCAGCGGAAGAUUGGAAGGACACCAGCUCGGGCGCUCUCCGUUCUGGCACAGACUCUCUCGCAAAGUGUCUGGCGGUUGGGGGACAAGAUAAUCUCGACACUCGGACGAUCAAGAAUCCGACUUCUUUAACACGGGUAUCCAGUGAUCGAGUUUGGUUUCCACCCUGCGAAGCGCAUUGAUCCCGCCCCGAUCACUCGCUACUAGAGCUCGUUUUGCGCUGGGUCGUCGCAUCUUGCCUAGAGAGCGUUGUGCCACUUACCGCUGCAGUGUCAGCGUCCUUGGAUCACUUUUUUCACCAAAUUGCACCUGACGUUUUAUUUGUCGGAUUCUACGAACCAAUAAAUUUCUAAACCGAAAGCAAUUCGAGCGACGAGUCAGGCGCCUUUCCAACCGUCGCUGAGCGCCAUAUGCGCGAUUAGGCAGUCUCUGCUCGCCAUCUGAGCUGAUCAUAUUCGACACACCUCUCGACAGCUUUACCAUGAUGGAGACCACGAGCCACCGUCCCUGGGAAUCGAAUCCCCCUCCCAGCCUUCCUCAGACAUUGCCUUCAAUAGCUUCUUUGACUUCAAAGCUCCCAGUCCAACCGCUAGACAGAGCGCCAUCAGAUCUCUCAAUUCAUCCGCCCCAAAGAGAUUCGGGAAGUUGGAUGACUCCCGGUACCCUUUCAGGGUCUUCGACGAAUUCGAUGCCGUACCUGAACUCUGCCCACUCCCCAACCGGCGCAGGUACAUCCCCUUACACCCCAGACAACCCCUCCGCGCCUCCAGCUCCCUUUAACGGUGGCUUGCACCCGCAACCCAACGGACUCCCGGCGCCAACGUCAGACCCAAACUCCAAUCCGAACCGAGGUAGCGGCGAUUUUGACGACUCGCGGAGGAGCAGUGUUGCUUCAAACAUACACACAGGCAUGAACAACCUCGGGCUCGGUCCCACGUCUCCCUAUACCAGCACCAAUGCCUCUCAAACAUCUCUCGUCUCGGGCCUUCAAAGGGAGCGAGGUAUUCAGACAAACGGGUAUGCCGGCGGCGGCGGACGGUAUUCGACAAUGAACGGCCCAAUCUCGUCCUUUGGGUCGAAUCGCGGUGGAAGAAGUGGUUUCGCCGCAGGACGAGUGGCACCCCCGAUUCUUGAGAACCCCAAACAGGAGGUCUACAGCGCAGAAGCCCCGACUCGAGGGCAAGCAUAUGCAUUUCCUGAUCCAGACGCGCCUCGGCCGCCAGGAGGACCUCCUUCCACGUACUCGCGCAGGAACAGCUUCGCAGAUUCGUUCUCCAGCAGUAUCUUGACAAUGGAAUCUAACAGAUUACCAUUAGGGCAGCACGAAUUACCCGACACUCACCAUCACAGUUUACAGCACAAACAACUAGAAAGUCUUCGAGGCGAUCCCGACUCUCCAAACGGAACCACACCCUACAGUCGCACACCGGAACUUCGAGUCACUCACAAGCUAGCCGAACGAAAGAGACGAAGUGAGAUGAAGGAUUGUUUUGAACAGCUGAGAAGUCGAUUACCGCAGAGUCAAAAUAACAAGUCAAGCAAGUGGGAAACGUUGUCACGAGCCAUUGACUAUAUUGCGCAGCUUGAAAGUCAGAACAAGCAAGCACGAGCCGAGUUUGAAAGCCAGCGGAUGAAGAUGGCUGAACUUGAAGCCAAGAUGCACGAAAUGAGUCGACAAAUGCAGGGUAUACAGCAACCUCAGGGGUCUUUUCCACCCCCACCGACCGUGAUGCCACAGAGCCCCCUCGGGUACGGGCCUCACUUUAACAACCAUAUCGAUGGCUCCAGCGAGCCAGCACGGACACUUCCACCGAUAAUGAACAGCACCUCGAUGCAAGGUAUACAAUAUGAUGACCGGCGGUAGGGCUAUCUCACGUGGCCAUGGGAUCCCCCCCACGGCCGGCUAUAUUUUCUUUGGGUUAUUUAUUUUGAUAUUUUGAUUCAUCUGUGCAUUACACUGGAAUUGUGGAGCUUUCAGCCAAAAGCCUCGGACAUUCAGAGAAGAGGCACGACAUCUGGGCUCUGGAGGGGUAGGAUCAAUCAAUUGAUUCAUGAUACCAUGGUCAACGGGAUAUGUUUUUGGGAAACGGAGCAAAACCAUUGGGGCUGGACAGUUGUCGAGCCCAUUCAGGUCGCAUUUAUAGGGUUGCGACACCUAUUCGAGGUCGAAGCUAGAGACUUGCUUCUCGACUGGUAGAUAGGUUGGAUUUUCUUCAGACUACGGCCGAUACGGUCUCUGUAUAUGAAUCUUGGAGAUACAAAGCCACAAGCUACACAUAGUACCUGA